AAGAUUUUGUGAGAGUAUGGAACAUGGUGGACACAUUUUUGUCUUUUUUCUUUUACAGUUUUCUUCUUUCAGUUCACUUGAAAUGUUACGUGACGCAUUAUUGCCACUGUUACUAGUAAUCGGUUCUGUUACAAAAUCGUUCGAGGACUCAGCGGUUUUUUUGUUUCCUAAAAGCUCUGUUUUUCAAUUCACUAUUGGAGUGUCCGUACCUUUGAUUACAAGUAAAAAGGGCAGCGUUGUGUUCUCAGCAGGAUUUCAAUUUAAUUACGCACUACCCUGGAAUUCGACGCAAUUUAAACCUUCUAUUAUUCCGGCGAGAGAUAUUCAAGAUUUUAAUUUGACAAGUUUUUAUUUAUUUGUUGAAAACUUCCUGGAUAUGUAUGGUUGGAAGAAUAGCAGACAUUGUCUACUAAGAAGUAUUUGCGAACUUGCUAAAACACCUCUCAGCCGAAAUAGCGGGGACGCUGCCGAAGAAAUUAUUCAUUUGGUGUUAACACCAACGGAAGUUUUGCACGAAUCGAUUAAUUCGAAUUACUCACAGAGUGAAAAAUUGUAUCAAGACGCUGAACAGUUGGGUAGAUCUGGAAGUGACUGCAGCUCGACUUAUCCAAACUGCAUUGAAUCACCUUUAGAAUCGUUCACUAGAAUGAUCAUGGACUAAACAGUUAUUGAGCAUCAAUUUAUAUUUCGCAAAUAAUAGUUCUACCAGCGAAGCACAAUGAAGCAUUAUCAACUAGUGAAAGAAGCUCUAAUUCUCCAUCAUAAACUAAUUGGUAUGAGAUUCAUU